AAGAAAUGGUUAUCAAAGAUAGUGACUUUGAUCAAGCGCUUGAUUUCGCAUUACUUCGCAGAGACAUGGGAUUUAUAUGGGAUACCGGAAAGGACGAACAUGUGAUAAAUGGAACCAUGAAUCCGGAGUUGAUUCAACGAGCCAAGGAACGGGCUAUACGUGCUCAGCUGAACUCUGCUGAUGGUGAUACAGCUGAGACUCAUGAUCAGUUCUAUCGUGACCAUAAGUUACUGCUUGUAUUGUUUCGGGCAUUAGCAGUUAUGCCGAUUCUUCGAUCAUCUCCAGGACGAAUCACGUUCAACUGGAAAUCCUGGGCAUCAAUUUACGCAUAUUGCUUCUACCUAGUCAGUAGCGUUGUCGUGCUGAUCGUUGGAUACGAGCGAAUCGUUAUUUUGCAACAAACGAAGAAAUUCGAUGAGUACAUUUAUGGAAUACUUUUCGUAAUUUUUCUUGUACCACAUUUUUGGAUACCAUUUGUUGGUUGGGGUGUGGCAAAGCAUGUAGCGGUUUAUAAAACCAUGUGGGGUACGUUCCAGGUUCGUUAUUAUCGCGUCACAGGGACGAACCUAAAAUUUCCAAAUUUGAAGAUACUAAUUAUUAUAUUUUCUUUUGGUUGCCUGGUGUGUUCAAUUGUGUUCUUACUAUCACUCAGUUUUUUGCUUGAUGGGUUUACUCUUUGGCACACAUUGGCUUACUAUCACAUCAUCACCAUGCUUAACAUGAACAGUGCACUUUGGUACAUUAAUAGUCGAGGCAUUCGGGUAGCUUCUUCCAGCUUGUCGGAUCGAUUCCGAAAAGACGUUGCAAUAGAAUGCACAGCGGCUAUGAUUUCCCAGUACCGUUUUCUAUGGUUAAAUCUAAGCGAACUGCUCCAACUGUUGGGAAAUGUGUAUGCUCGUACGUAUUCCACCUAUUGUUUGUUCAUGUUUGUCAAUAUCACCGUUGCCAUCUAUGGAGCACUGUCGGAGGUUAUCGACCAUGGCUUCGGAUUUUCUUUCAAGGAGAUUGGAUUGAUUGUCGACACGGUGUACUGUUCGUUAUUGCUGUUUAUAUUUUGCGACUGUUCGCACAAUGCUACACUCCAGGUCGCUCAAGGAGUACAGGACACAUUGUUGGGUAUCAAUCUGCUGAAGGUUGAUCUUCCCACCCAGAAGGAAAUAGAUCUUUUCAUUCAGGCCAUCGAAAUGAACCCGGCUAUUGUGAGUCUCAAGGGAUACGCCGAAGUGAAUCGGAAGUUGCUGACGGCGAGUAUCGGAACUAUAGCCAUUUAUUUGAUCGUUCUUCUGCAAUUCAAAUUGUCGUUGAUUUCUCAGCAAAUGCCAAACGAACUACUACAAAGUGUGGAACAUCUCGUAAAACAUAAUUAGGUUCUGUUGAUUCACGAAUGCUCGAUUUAUGG